ACCAACUGCUCUUCCAUACCCACAAUAAUAAUAUCAACUCUCUUAAUACUACUCUCCUUUCUGGCCUUGCCUUUUCUCUCCCAUCUUCUCCUUCCAUUCAAUCCCUUCUAAAAAUCAAUCAAAGAACUCUCGUUCACUAUCCUUCUCUGUAUUUAACUCAUCAGUCCUUGGAAAUGGAAAUGAAAUUUACUCCAGAAGCAUUCAACUUAACCUCUAGCAUGAAGAGGGUUCAGCAGCAAAAAGAGCAGGGCCAGACUGAUCAUGAAACUCCACACUGUGAUUCAGAUGAAGAUACAUCUCUCAGUCUGAGUAGCUUGUCAAAGCUUAUACUUCCUCCUUUGGGUGUUUCAAGCUAUAACCAGAAUCAAAUAAAGUCGAAAGGAUGGAUCAUCUCUCCUCUGGAUUCAAAAUACAGGUGCUGGGAAAUAUUUAUGGUGAUGUUAGUAUUUUAUUCUGCAUGGGUUUACCCUUUUGAAGUAGCUUUUUUCAGCUCCUCCCCACCUAGAAAACUCUACAUUGCCGACAACAUUGUGGAUCUGUUCUUCGCAAUUGAUAUCGUCUUGACAUUUUUUGUUGCACAUAUUGAUUCAAGAACCCAGCUGCUAGUCCAAGACUCUAAGAAGAUUGCUGUCAGGUACCUUUCAACAUGGUUCCUAAUGGAUGUGGCAUCAACUAUCCCAUAUGAGGCACUAGGCUACUUGUUCACUGGCAAAAGCAAAAUGGGCAUUUCUUAUUCCCUUUUAGGAUUGCUCAGAUUUUGGCGUCUCAGGCGUGUCAAGCAGCUUUUUACCAGGCUGGAGAAGGACAUCAGAUUCAGCUAUUUCUGGAUCCGAUGUGCUAGGCUUCUAGCUGUGACGUUGUUUCUAGUGCACUGUGCUGGAUGUCUUUACUACCUGCUAGCUGACCGAUAUCCACACCAGGGAAGGACAUGGCUGGGGUCAGUGAAUCCAAAUUUCAGGGAAACAAGCCUUUGGAUCCGAUAUAUCUCAGCUUUAUAUUGGUCCAUCACCACUAUGACCACAGUUGGUUAUGGUGACCUCCAUGCAGUAAAUACUGUGGAAAUGAUCUUUAUAAUUUUCUACAUGCUCUUCAACCUUGGCUUGACUGCUUAUAUAAUUGGUAACAUGACAAAUUUAGUGGUUGAAGGAACUCGUCGUACCAUGGAAUUUAGGAAUAGCAUUGAAGCAGCUUCAAAUUUUGUCUCUAGAAACCGGUUGCCCCGAAGGUUGAAAGACCAGAUAUUGGCUUACAUGUGUUUGAGGUUUAAGGCUGAGAGCUUGAACCAGCAGCAACUCAUUGAACAAUUACCAAAAUCCAUUUAUACAAGCAUCUGCCAGCAUUUGUUCUUACCAACGGUAGAGAAAGUAUACCUUUUCAACGGUAUAUCAAGGGAAAUUUUGCUGCACCUGGUUGCAAAGAUGAAAGCUGAAUAUAUACCACCGAGAGAGGAUGUGAUUAUGCAGAAUGAAGCACCAGAUGAUGUUUACAUCAUUGUGUCUGGAGAAGUGGAAAUCAUUGACUGUGAAAUGGAGAAAGAGCUAGUUGUUGGAACCCUGCAUUCUGGGGACUUGUUUGGAGAAAUUGGAGCACUUUGUUGCAGACCUCAAAGAUUUACAUUCCGAACAAGGACACUUUCUCAACUCUUGAGGCUCAAAACCACCAAUCUGGUUGAAGCAAUGCAGACCAAACAAGAAGAUAAUGUUGCUAUCCUUGAAAACUUCCUUCAGCAUAACCAAAGGCUGAAGGAUCUUAAAAUUGGAGGUUUAGUAGUGGAGGGUGGAGAAGAAGGUGGUGAUCCAAAAAACAUUGCCAUUAAUUUGCUGAACGUGGCCGAUUCAGGCAAUGCUGCUUUUCUUGAUGAGCUUCUGAAGGCAAGAUUGGACCCUGACAUAGGAGAUUCUGAAGGUAGAACCCCAUUGCAUAUAGCAGCAUCAAAAGGGCAUGAAGAAUGUGUACUGGUACUCCUCAAGCAUGCUUGCAAUGUACAUUUACGAGAUAUGAACGGUAACACUGCAUUGUGGGAUGCAAUAUUCUCAAAGCACCAUUCCAUAUUUAGAAUCCUAUAUCAUUGUGCUGCCAUUUCCGACCCUUUCACUGCUGGUGAUCUCUUAUGCACUGCUGCAAAAAGAAAUGAUCUGACAGUGAUGGAAGAAUUAUUGAAAUAUGGAUUGAGUGUGGACACAAAGGAUCGCCAUGGAUUAACAGCAUUACAGAUUGCCUUGAAAGAGAAACACGAAGAUAUGGUUAAUCUACUUGUAAUGAAUGGAGCUGAUGUCAUCAAUGCUAAUACAUAUGAAUUUUCUUCCAAAACUUUGAAUGAAAUGCUGCAGAAGCGAGAGAUUGGCCACCGAAUUACAGUAACUGAUACUACAUCUAGUGAAGUACUAUUGAAGAAGCUUGAAGGGGAGUAUGCAGGCAUAUUAGGGAAAAGCAGAGGACUAGAUCAUCCAAGGGUGAGCAUUUAUAGAGGUCACCCUCUAAUGAGAAAAGAAUCUUGUUGCACGGAGCCUGGGAAGCUAAUAAGGUUGCCAGAUUCACUUGAGGAGCUCAAGAAUUUUGCAGGAGAAAAAUUCGGGAUUGAUGCAAGAAACGCCAUUGUAACAGAUGAAGCAGGGGCUGAAAUUGAUUCCAUUGAAGUUGUUAGAGAUAACGAUAAGCUUUUCAUUUUUUGAAAAACCAAUAAAUUACGUUAUGUAAUCAGAUUUAUUAGAAGUGCUAGUAUCUAUUAACAAAAUUGGAUCAGACAGAUUAAAGCUUCUUCUGCAAUGUGCAUAUUCCAGAAGGAAAGCACAAUCUUAUGCAAUUGUAAAUUACUAGUUUCACAUAAUCAGGGAAAUGUUUAACUUCCCUUUGUUUGAAAUUAAGAACAUCUUUUCAAAUAGCCAGAGAAAAUUAUCAAAUGGUUCAAUCUGUUGCAAAAACUCCCUGCAAGAUUAUAAUAAGACCAAUAAUAGAUCCUUAAUAAAUCGAAUCAACUAUGUAAAAUUGUCAUUUGAUCAUCAUUUGAUUAGCUAACUAAUGUGUUUGAAGU